AUGGCAUUUGACGUUGAUACAAAUUAUCACCUGAGUAGAGCACUCAAAUAUACAAACAAUUUAUCUCUGAUUAAACAAGAACCAUUGGAACAGAGAAACUACUAUGAUCUUGAAGAUGGUAUCACAGAUGAAGCAAGAAGAUAUAUGAAAGAAUUAGGUUUGGUAAACCCUGGAGGUAAUAGUGAACCAAUUAUUCUACCUCAGAAUAUAUCUCUGGAAAUAAGAAAACUUAUGAAUCAAAGCAUAGAAGAAUUUGGAUUCAACGCCUUUCUUUCGAAUAUGAUCAGUCUUAAUAGAAACUUUACCGAUAUUAGAAGUGACAUUUGCAAAAAUAAAGUUUAUAACAAAAACCUUCCCAAGUGCUCUAUCAUAAUAGUAGUGCAUAAUGAAGAUUGGAUGUUAUUUAUGCGAACCAUUCACUCAGUUUUGCUUCGAUCACCUCCAGAACUAAUCGAAGAAAUUCUUAUUAUUGAUGACGCUUCAGAUAAAGAUUGGCUACAUAAACGUUUAGACGAAUAUAUUAAGAAGAUUCCAAAAGUAAGAAUCAUCAGAUCUUUCGUUCGUAUAGGUAUAAUUGGUGCUCGAAAUCUGGGUUCAUUAAAUGCCAUUGGUCCUAUUCUUGUUAAAACGUUACCGAUGUUAGAAGUGACAUUUGUAAAAAUAAAGUGUUCGAUCAUAAUAGUAGUGCAUAAUGAAGAUUGGAUGUUAUUUAUGCGAACCAUUCACUCAGUUUUGCUUCGAUCACCUCCAGAACUAAUCGAAGAAAUUCUUAUUAUUGAUGACGCUUCAGAUAAAGAAUGGCUACAUAAGCGCUUAGACGAAUAUAUUAAGAAGCUUCCAAAAGUAAGAAUCAUCAGAUCUUUCGUCCGUAUAGGUAUAAUUGGUGCUCGUAAUCUGGGUUCAUUAAAUGCCAUUGGUCCUAUUCUUGUUAGUCUUGACAGUCAUGUUGAAGUUGGUCCUGGAUGGCUUGAGCCCCUACUAGAUCGAUUUGUUGACAAUAAAAAAAGGCUUGUGUGCACAAAACUUACAGGCAUCAAUAAAGAAACCUUCAAACCUGGUUUUGGUUCAAGUGCUGCAAAUUCAAUUAAUGCUAUGAAUUGGAGAUUAGAUAUGAAUUGGAUUAACCAUAAAGAUGUUCAAGGAUAUGUUCCGAGACCAGAUUUUGAUCCAAUUAAAAGUGUAUCAACCCCUGGAGCUGGUCAUGCCAUUGCAAAGGAUUUUUUCAUGGAUCUCGGUUUGAAUGAUCCCGAAUAUGGCAUGUGGGGUGGGGAAGAUGUCGAAUUGGGUUUGAAAGUUUGGCUUUGUGGGGGGGAAGUUGAACAAAUUCCUUGUUCAUGGAUAGCUCAUAUGUACAAAUCACAUACGUAUAAGACAUAUGGUAAAAGUUAUAGAUGGAACACUGGGCGUAUGGCUGAAAUAUGGCUUGAUGACUACAAGAGAUAUUAUUAUCGUGCCACAAAAACUACUCCAGAUUUCGGAAAUAUCACAGCAAGACUAGAAUUAAAGAAAAAAAAUAAUUGCAAGCCAUUCAAAUGGUUUUUGGAUAAUCUUGACAGUCAUGUUGAAGUAGGUCCUGGAUGGCUUGAACCCCUACUAGAUCGAUUUGUUGACAAUAAGAAAAGACUUGUGUGCACAAAACUUACAAACAUAAAUAAAGAAACCUUCAAACCUGGUUUUGGUUCGAAUGCUGCAAGUUCAAUUACUGCUAUGAAUUGGAGAUUAGAUAUGAAUUGGAUAAACCACAAAGAUGUUCAAGGAUAUACAUAUGGUAAAAGUUAUAGAUGGAACACUGGGCGUAUGGCUGAAAUAUGGCUUGAUGACUACAAGAGAUAUUAUUAUCGUGCCACAAAAACUACUCCAGAUUUCGGAAAUAUCACAGCAAGACUAGAAUUAAAGAAAAAGAAUAAUUGCAAGCCAUUCAAAUGGUUUCUGGAUAAUGUUUAUAAUAUUCCUAUUCCUGAUGAAAUUAAGGAUCCUCCAACACCAUAAUUCUAGCUUAAAACAAGAAAAAAUUUGAAGAAUUUAAUUGUUUUGAAUGCUGGAUUCUAAAAUAUUAAUUUUCAUCCUAUUCGAUAUAUUUUUAAAAGUUUUUCUUGUACACUUUCAUUAACUUUGAAAUUUAUUUACAAAUAAAAAUAUGAAUACUUGAUCG